GGGGGCCAGGCCGGCGUCCAGAGGCCGGGCAACCCCGAGGCAGCUGUUGGACAGAAGCCCAGGAGGCCGAGCGCCGCGACCCCGGCACUCGGCGGAGCGCCAAGCGGAACGGGCCGUCGCGAACAGGACAACUCUGCGAGGUAGUUGGUCCUCUCCGGGUAGCCAUAAGCGUCAGGUGACCCGCCCGGCAAGGUCUCUGUGGCUCCGGGGUGCCGGGCAGGAGCUAUGGCGGCUUGCAGGCCGCUGUCCCGUUUCUGGGAGUGGGGGAAGAACAUCGUGUGCGUGGGCAGGAACUACGCGGACCACGCCAGAGAAAUGCAGAGUGCCGUGCCGAGCGAGCCCGUGCUCUUUCUGAAGCCGUCCACCGCCUACGCCCCCGAGGGCUCGCCCAUCCUCAUGCCCGCCUACAGCCGCAACCUGCACCACGAGCUCGAGCUGGCCGUGGUGAUGGGCAGGCGCGGCCGCGCCGUCCCGGAGGCCGCGGCCAUGGACUACGUGGCGGGCUAUGCUCUGUGCCUGGACAUGACCGCCAGGGACGUGCAAGACGACUGCAAAAAGAAGGGGCUGCCCUGGACUCUGGCCAAGAGCUUCACGGCCUCCUGCCCCGUCAGCGCGUUCGUGCCCAAAGAGAAGAUCCCUGACCCCCACAACCUGAAGCUCUGGCUCAAGGUCAACGGCGAACUCAGGCAGGAGGGUGAGACAUCCUCCAUGAUCUUUUCUAUCCCCUACAUCAUCAGCUACGUUUCUAAGAUAAUGACGUUGGAAGAAGGAGAUAUUAUCUUGACUGGGACGCCAAAGGGAGUGGGACCCGUUAAAGAAAACGAUGAGAUCCAGGCUGGCAUACACGGGGUCGUCAGUAUGAGAUUUAAGGUGGAAAAAACAGAAUAUUGAGUCUAUACAAAGCACCCUAACUUUUUAACGUGUUUCAGGAGAAGAGGGAGCAAGACAGAAGCAAGCAUAGGUUAUUAAAUGUGACAAUCCUUUAAAAGAAACCGAUUUUUUAAAUGAUUGGAUUGCUAUACCUCAACUCAAGGAAGAUAGACCCUCCAAGAAAAACGUGAUCUAGAAGAGCUGGGCCAGAAUUGGAAAUGAGAAAAGGUGUCUUCCAGGAAAUAACGAGAAUAAAGUAUUCACGGUGCUUCCAAAGUGGAGAAUCUCUGAAACCAAAUUUUCAGAAGACUUACUUUCCUUUCCUACAAGUGGACUGGAUAAGACUUUUCAUUUGGUCAUUCUGGGAUCAGUAGUUCAAGACUUAAAAUCUGCAGAGGAAGCUGAAAAGCAUAUUUCAUCAGUGUUUCCCAGAUUUCCUUGUUCAUGAAAAUCAUCUGGAGGUACUCGUAAAAAUAAAGAUUUCCAAAUUACUGGCCCAUCCCAGGCCCAAUGUAUUAAUUAAUGGAAUUAAUCUCUGGCAUUCCAAGUGAUUCUUAACACAGAAAUGUGGAAAAACACUACUCCACAUAUUCAGUUAAUUAAAGUUGUAUUUAAUAAGUGAACAAUUAAUGAAGACCCCACUGGUUUACUUAGGGUGUGUACCCUGGCCCACAGAUUCUGAGUUUGGGAGGUAAUUUUGAAACUAUUGUUUUCCAAAUAAAUAUGCUGUCUUUUGUGUGGCCUAAAAG